UGUAGUAUUCCUUACGUGUCUGUGGAUGUUAUGCAUUUAUGUCUCAUUUUAUGUGCAUAUGCUGUUUUUAAAUGAUGCAUCGAACUCUGACUUGAAAAAAAGUUUUCCAAACUCGAUAAUAAUUCAAUCACGGCCGAUCAGCGGAGUGGCAGGAUUUACGUCCACAGAGGUGAGACAUCAACAGCAACAUUCUUUAAACUGUGAAGAGAUUUGCGGCUAAUAUGGCCUUGUAGGGAAAGCGGCGAUGGAAGAGAAAUAUGGCGGACUGUGCCUAUUUAUGUGCGGUGAUCAGCUUUAAUAAACCUAUAGUAUCUUAAAGUUUGUGAUUUUGAGGUCUUAACCCUCUACAUCAUGGAUACCUCACGUACAAAAUAUAAAGUGCGUCAAUGUUCAAGGUGUCCGGGGGACACGGAGUACUCUUGUAUAUCGUGUCCAUGUUCUUUAUGUCUCCACUGUAAAGAGAUGCAUGUAAAUGAUCUCAAAACUAUUGAUCAUAUCGUUGUGAUAUACAGUGAAAAAUCUAACCACCCCUCAACUCAAGAGCUCUGUGUGAGACAUCCAGGCAAUUUUUAUAGAAAGUGUUGUAAAUCCUGUGAACUCCCUUACUGUAGCCAUUGCACACAACAUACUACACAUAAACAAACAGAUAUUUGGACAACAUAUGAAUCGAAACGACAUCAAACCAGAAAUACAUUCCAUACCAUCAGAAGUGAGACUUUCUAUUACUUAUCGGUUCUCCUGACAGGAAUCAAAGCUGAUGUUAUAACAUGUUGCACAGAAUUCUCCCUCUAUCAGUCAGAGAUUUUAACAAAGGCACAUAGACUGAUAAAUCGCAUUGAUUUUGCGUUGCGUGGUGUUAGUUACAAGCACAGAUGUAAAAAACAGAAAAUAGAAAUGAACAGACAUCUUGCAAGCAUACAGAAAUAUGAAUAUAUAUAUGAACAGUCAUCAAUCAGCCCCAUACAAUUUUUGUUGUUUUUAAAGAAAACUCAUAUCAACCAGAUAAAUCUUGCAAUCCACACUAUUAAGUUCUACAUGAAUAAGUCGCUCAACCAGAGGAAUGUGAUCGAGUCACUUAGUGAAGUCCAAAUCACAGAGAGAGGAAAACGAUGCAUAAGAAAUGAUCGUCUUCUGAAAACGAUGAACAGUCCUGACUUACAUCAGUCUCUUAUAGUAAAAGAUCUGCAUCGUUGCGUUCAUAUUACCAAUUUAACAUCAGACCGGGUGUGGAUCAGUCAUAAAAACAAUCUGGUCUUGACAAACGCAACAGGUGACACACUACAUCAACGGAAUGAUUUAUGUAUAGGUAAUGGAGUUCAUACUGGGAACAACGAGUGUGAAUUAAUUUACAUUGAUAAGGACUUUAACAUUAACAAAUUGUCGAUCGAUAUGAAAACACCCGCCAAAUUUUUAAAGACGCAAAACUCAACAUGGAGACCACAAUGUUUGUACUGGUCCUCGUCAAAUGGAGAUUUACUAGUUGGAAUGCAUAAAGAGAAACCAUUGAAAUGCAAAGUAUCCCGAUACAACAAGAUCGGAAAACUGACACAAACCAUACAAUAUGACAAUGCAGGACAACCGGACUUGUAUAAAAAUCCUUACUAUAUUACUGAGAACAACAAUGGAGAUGUCGUGGUUUCUGACUUUGAGGUGUAUGCGUCUGGUGCUGUGGUGGUUUCAGAGCGUGGAGGAAGUCAUCGUUUCUCCUACAGAGGGCAUCCAUCGGGAUCACAACUACGACCUCGUGGAAUUUGUACUGACGCGCUGUCACACAUUUUGGUAUGCGAUGUUAGGACCUACACAUUGCAGAUGAUUGACACGGACGGCCAGUUCCUGUGUCAUCUGCUAAUACGACCAUCAGGGAUAUUUGAGCCAUAUAGCGUAAGUUACGAUACCAACACUCACCGCCUUUGGGUUGGAUCAUGGAACAAGGUGUUUGUUUAUAGACAUAUUACCCGACAGGAUGCUCUGACCGCUUCUCAUGACGCAAUGCAGCCAUUAAAUGAAGUCAUAACAACAGAGUCAGAAAAAACAAACCAGGGAAAUAAGUGUCUCCUGAAACUGAUAUCCGCCCCCGAGUUGCUUCACUCUGUCACAGUGACAGGCGUCUCUGGUUGUUAUCACAUUUCCUGUGUGACACCAGACCGAGUUUGGAUCAGUUAUAAAACCAAGCUCGUAUUAACAAACACAACAGGUGACACUUUAGGCAAACGAAAUGAUUUAUGUAGAGGUUAUGGAGUACAUGCAGUGAAUAAUGAGAGUGAACUAAUCUAUAUAGAUAAGUAUCAUAACGUCAACAAACUUUCAAAUGAUUUAACAACAACCAUUAAAUUCAUAAAUAAACCAGACUCUGCAUGGAUACCACGAUGUGUGUACUGGUCUUAUUUAACUAGGACUUUACUAGUCGGGAUGUGUAGAUAUAGUAUAUACAAAGUCGCCCGAUACAACCAAAGCGGACAAUUGGUACAAACAAUACAACACGACAACACUGGACUUGAACUCUAUAACAAACUUAACUAUAUAACAGAGAAUAACAAUAUGGACAUCGUGGUAUCUGACUCCGGUGCAGUAGUGGUGACAGAUCAUGAGGGAACACAUCUAUUUUCCUAUACAGGACAUCCAUCAGGAUCACUUUUACAACCAGGGGGGAUCUGUACUGACGCGCUAUCACAUAUCCUUGUUUGUGAUGUAAGAUCCAACACAGUGCAGAUGAUAGAUAAGGACGGUCAGUUUCUAUCACUCAUACAGAAAGAGUUAUUAGAGAUGGGUGGACCAUACAGUUUGAGCUAUGAUGCUAUCACUCACCAUCUCUGGGUUGCGUCAUGGAACAAUACAAACAUGUGUGUCAUCUGUUAUAUAUCUCAACAUGACGAUCUGCCAGGUAAACAUGCACAAUGUCCUGAUGAGGAUGUCUUGUUGAACGUAAGUUCAUCCUGAGACAAGAGAUAGCUAGGAUAUAAAAGGUUAUAAAAGACUCUAUACAAUUCAUAACUUGCUUUAAUUGAUUCUUGUUCAUUUGUAAAACCUUAGAAAUAUUUUUUUCUUAAUUUAACAUUAUUAUUGCUAAACUAUAUCUAUAUCCUGUAUUGCUGAAUGAGUUAUUAAUAGUAAUAAAUCAAUAAAAAUGAAGCACAUUAAAAAAAAUUCAAUAGAAUUAUAAUUAUUUUUUAAAAGUGACUUUAUGGGCAAGGUCACGGUUUUGUCUCUAAUACUCAUUUUGUUUUUUUAAUAAUGAUGUUUUGCAAUGCAUUUGUAGAUAUUUCAAAUGAUCAGGCAAACCAUUUCUCUCAUUUUUCAUUUUCAAACAAUUACUGAUCAUUGAUAUAUUAUAAAUGUAUUUGUAUUUACAGUAAUUUUGUUUAUACUGAAGAUAUAUUUACCCCAAAAAACCCACACCUUUUGAUUUCAUUUUCAUAUCUAUUACUUCCGUACAUUUUACAGAUAAUAGGGCAGAUAUUACGUCAUGGUGUAACUGAUACACAUGUCAUGUUCCCUCAUUCAUGACCUCACAAUUUUCAGACAAUGUCAAUUCUGUUGCUUUGAUAUCAGUUUGGUAUAUCUUUUGCAAAGUAUUAUUUCAACAUUUUCAUUACCCAAAUCGGUUUACGUUGAUAGCGGAUCGAAAUAUCCUUUAACAAGUAUUUCAUUUAAAGGAAUGAUCGGCAGUAAUGAUAUAUUGAUUGCUAGAAGCAAUCAAAAUGAUCAGUUUGAUGUAAAAUAAUUUAAAAAGUACUGUAUUUUUACAAAAUAUAGAAUAUUUUGAAUUUGUACACCAUAAUUUCAUCAUUAUAAACCGUCAACAAAUUUAAUUUCGAAAUAAAUUUGGGGAAAGCCGUUCGUUAACUCCUUGUCUUGUUUUAUAUUUUUAACGUAAUUAUUAAAUGUUAAUGUAUCUUCUUCUUCAGAAUACUGAGUAGGGCUCUCCAAAGAGCAUUAACACAUAUACAAAGAAAGAGUUGUAUUAAAAUAAUUUAACGCGACUGAAAAACAUUGAAUACCAUCAUAACUUGCCAUUGAGGUCGAAUUAUAACGUAACCCUGUUUAUAAAUCAAGCCGUCUUCCUAGCUUCUAUUAUGCAACAUCAAUAGAUCGAGGUCAGUUCAUGGAGCAUCUUCUUAUGAUUGAGGUCAGUUUAUCGAGGUCAACUGCAUUACUGAAUGAAUCUUUCGAUCGAAAUUAGUAUGCGUGAGACAAAAUGUGCAUUCUUGAAUUAAAAGGUCGAACUGUAUUUUAUGUAUGUUUGCAUCUUUUACGGUAAAUGAAUUUAAAUAAAAAUGAGUAAAAUGUUAUAUAACUACUAAACCAAACUUCAAGUUUUUAUAAGAACUACUUAUGUAAGCGGAAUGUUUGCGCACGUAGAUGCAUUUACCGGAUGCCUCAUAUGGACACAAUAGUGAUCGGCGGAAGCCGAUCACAAAAAUCUUUAAACAUAACGUUUAGGUUACAAAAAUGUCAAUUUAUUUUUGCCUACUUUAUAUGAAAAUAAGGGGUUGCAGCGCACGUUUGUUGCACUUAAAAUACGUACACGUAGAAAAAAAAAAUGUUUUAUUUCAUAUUUAACUCAACUUUAAUCUUUAAAAACUGCAAAACUAUUUUUUCCUGACCUUAUUAAUGAUAGAAAUGUUUUGUCAAUAAAUGAAGUGUACUGUGUAUCAAUUGUUAAUGAUUUUUUUUUAAAUAAUUCAUAUCAAUGUAAACUGAGGGGGAAGAAAAAGAUUGACUGUUGACUUGAUAUUUCUUAUUAUAGAGUUCAUUACAGUUAGAAUCUCUAGAUGAAAUUAAGUGAUUUUUGUAUUCAUUUGAUAUAUUGUAUACAGCGAAAUAUUCGCCCCCGUUUUAUCUUAACCCCUUUUGUCCUUGUUAUCAGUGGGCGAAUUUUAGACUUGGCGAGUUAUACUUCACAAAUAAUAUCGCUAUUUAAACAGCUGCAUCUAGGAAUUCAAGACGGGACAAACCGUUUGCGGGUGAAGAUGGACGAAAAUAACACGAGGCGAAAAUAAACCUGUGUACGGUAGUCUUUUUUUUCAUCUAGAUUAAUUUCUGUAGGAUAAAUGACUUCGGUAACUCACUGUUGUCAUUGUACUACUCAUAAAGUGCAGCAGAAAAAAAUCAAACACGUUCAUUAACAUUAUUAGAUUAGAUGUUUUAAAAAACUAAAUCUUAUAAAUAAUUAUUCAAAAUUUUUGUAAUAAAUAAACUGUGAAAAAGUUGAUUGUUUAAUUCGAAAGAGGAACUUGACUUGGUUAGGUUUUGGUAAACUAAAUUGACACUUUUCAUUUAAUUUUAUUUUCAACUCUUUUAGGUUAUACAUGCCAUGAAAAUAAACUCGAACUAUUUUGCUGUAAAAAUAAUUGAUAUUUAUUUUUAAAAACGUCCUGUCGUAUUAAAAAUCACUUCCUACAAAGUAUUGUAAAAUUAAUCAUUCUAAUAACAAAGAUAUUUGUUUGAUUUGCAAUAUGGAAUUGUAUGUCUUUUCAUGAAUAUUGAUGAGGAUAGAAGCAUCAUAUAGAAAGUAGGUCUGUUUUCGUCGAGUCGUUCAUUUGAUCAAAUCCUCAGAAGCCGAAUUUUUUUUUCACUAGAUUACAUACCACGUUUUAUAUAUUGGUGAACCUCUUAACAUUGUUGUUUAUUACUUAUACAUGUAUUUACGUUUGAACAGGUCAAAUUAUUCAGAAUUAUGAACGUAGCCGUAUUUAUGUUUGUAAUAUUGCAGCAGUCGACCCAUGAACUCGUGCCAUCAUUAUUAUGACGUAAUGCAAAAGACACAUUUACCAAAGUGCAUCAAAAAUUAAACUUUUUUGGUUUUUUGGUAGGUUCAUGAAAGGAAAUAUACUUGAAAAUGUAAAUAUUUUCAUUUAGAGGAAAUUUUUCCCCAUACUUUGGACACAGAACUCAUAGAAGAUACUUCAUUCAAACCUUUCAUGGGCGGCAAAAAAAAAACAAUGUAGAUGUGCAAUAUUUCUUAAACUAAA